UAUCUAGAUCAUGUCUGAGUCCAGGGCUGAAUCUAAGGAAAACCUAAAUGAGAGUAGUUUACCCCUGCUAGAAGAAGAGGAGAAGAAGGUUGAACAAAUGGAGCUGGAGGAAAAGAAAGAUGAAAGCGAGAAGAAGGAGGAGAAAAAGGAGAAAAAGGAGAAGAAAGAGAAGAAAGAGAAGAAGCCUAAAAAGGAGAAAAAAGAGAAGGUGGCAGGUCCAGGAUGUGUUGAAGGGUUGACAGGGUCCCUGGAUCUGGAUAACAGAGACAAGAAUAGUAUCUGUCAGGAGAUAGAUAUAAAUUUUGACAGUGUAUUGGCUGAACCUGGAUCAGCGCACGGGUUUGAUGGAAUAUGGAAACUUAGUUUUAUUCUGUUUUCUCAAACCAAACUUUGGAUCUACAGGCUCAUGGCUGCUUUGAUCUCUGUUCCUCUGGCUUUAGUCUGGGGUGUCGUCUUUGCUCUGGCAACUGUUCUCUACGUUUGGAUAAUUAGACCUGGCUUUAGAGUUGUCCAGCUAGCUCUGGAUAUUUUCAAGAAGAUUUGGAAAGGAGUUAUCUCUGCCACCCUGGAACCGGUUUGUGAAGCACUAGGACUAAUAUUUGCCAGACCCGGCCUGACUCUUGUACAGUCGGCUUAAGAGGAAACGGUGACAAAGAGAUUCUAGAGAGUCCAAUGAGGUCCAAUCUCAACAUAUUUUAGAAAAAUAAGACUGAAAAAUAGCAAUGUUUUUAAAUUAUUUCAUAUUUGAUUUACCUUAUAUUUUACAAAUUUAUUUGCAAGCGAUUUGAUGAAUAUAAUGAAGACGACCUUCGAUUUUAAUUUAAAUUUUUAUAAAGCUUUAAACAGCAUGGA